AUAUAUAUUGCUGGUGAAAGUUAUGCGGGAACUUAUAUUCCUUAUAUAGCUAAAGCCAUUCUAGAUCGUAAUAAUAAUACCACUGAUAAUAAAUUAAAGUAUAAUCUUCGAGGUGUUGCUAUUGGUAAUGGAUGGAUAGAUCCCAUUGCGCAGUAUAAUGCUUAUUACACAUUUUCAGUUAAACAUAAUUUAUUAACCGGCAAUUCCAAGGAACUUGCUAAGCAACAACUGGAUACAUGUAUGGAUGCUUUGAAAGAAAAACUUACUAUUCAUCAAGAUUUAUGUGAAUUAAUCUUGGAAACAGUUUUAGAAAACUCACGCCAAACUAAUGGAUCAACUACAACAUGUAUAAAUCAAUAUGACAUUCGAGAUCAUUCUGAUUCUUAUCCUUCUUGUGGAAUAGCAUGGCCUUAUGAACUUACUUCUAUUGCUAAAUAUUUACGAAGAACGGAUGUAGUUUCAGCGAUUCAUGCAAAUUCCCAACAAAUUGGAUGGGUUGAAUGUAGUUCUGGUGUUGGUCGAGGAUUUACUGGUGAUACUAGUCCUCCAGCUGUUAAU